CGCGAACUACGCUUUGUCUCCAUGGUGGUAACAAGUGAAGUCCGGGGUGAAGACGAGGUUCAUGGGACAUGGAAGAGAAUGCAAGUGAGCAUGAAAUCUGUAUGGAGAGAGCAAAUGAAUUACUGGGGGCAGAGCCCAAGAUUGCAGAGGAACCCGAGAGUGCACCGCAGGUUUGCCAGCUGCCUGUUAUCAAUGCCAGCCAGCGCAUCCUGGAACACCAAGACUCCUCUGCAGUCCUGCCGAUCACACUGCAAAUAACAGACAAUCCCCCAGCGUGUGAGAAUGUGCCUGAGCAAGCAUCCCAUAGCCAGCCCAGCGCCAGCAGCCAGUUCCACAUCUUCGAUCAGAAUGGACAGCCUGUCCAAUACGAGCGCAUGGUGAUUGUCACUGGCCAAUCAGAGAAUGGGCAGGUCUUCCAUGUGAUUCCAUCCAGGCAGUUAGGAUCAGCGCAGGUGUUGCUGCCUCAGGGACAGCUCCUGGAAGUGACGGCCACACAGAAUUCCUGUGAAGAAAAGACGUCGGUUGGUGAAUUGCAAACAGUUUCCUUGAAUGCAAUAGCAGAUAGCACAAGUGGCUAUGUGGCGCUCUCCCAGCCUUCCCUUACCCUGCCGAAAAACACAGCACCCAGUGCCGAUAACUGCUUCGUGGUGCCUCCCAAGCCUCUCCCCCCCAACACACCCGCCUGGGCCCGGAGACUCAGGAGCUGUGAGAAAAUCGGUGACUCAUACCGCGGUUACUGUAUGAAUGAAGUUGAGCUGGAGGGGGUGCUGACGCUGCACAAGCAGCAGACUCAGAGUGUGUGGGGGACCCGGCAGUCUCCCAGCCUGGCCAAACCGGCCACCAGGCUCAUGUGGAAGUCUCAGUACGUUCCCUACGACGGGAUACCCUUUGUGAAUGCAGGCAGCAGAGCUAUAGUGAUGGAGUGUCAGUUUGGACCAAGACGGAAAGGACUACAGCCUAAGAAGACUGUAGAGAGUGAGAGCAACCCAAACCAGCAAUACAAAGCAACCUGUCCAGCAAG